AUGGUCAGCUGUCUUAAUGAAGACCCAGAAGGCAGCAGAGUCACUUAUAUGAAAGGAGACCUUUUUGCAUGCCACAAAACAGACUCUCUAGCCCACUCUAUCAGUGAGAAUUGUUGCAUGGGUGCUGGGAUAGCUGUCCUCUUCAAGAAGAAAUUUGGAGGGGUGCAGGAACUAUUAAAUCAACCAAAGAAAUCUGGAGAAGUGGCUAUUUAUGGGAGCUAUAUAUAUUACUUGGAUUGGAUGUGGGCUUGA